CUUCCAACAUUUUGUGCAACGUUGUUUCCUGCUAGCGUUGUCCUAAACUUGAACUUCGAGCUCUCCGCAGUCAUUCUAAACUUCAUGCACAACAACACCAGAAAGGAACGACUGGGUAAAUCAGUUCCACCAUUACUUCAUCUAAGUCUCUUGCAAUAUGCGACUGUUGGUUUCGAAUUAAGAUUUCCUGAAAUCGGCAUAUAUAACGACUUGAUAGUGAGGAAGGCAAGGUAUCGAUUUCGUGGCUAUAGCAUGUGGUAUUGAAUGUUAUAUGUUGCAUUCCUUUGCUCACCAUUUAACUAAAUUAUCGACUCGGCCCUAAACUGGCAGUAAUCAGGCUGAAGUACCAUGGAAAUCACUUUCGCAGGCAAGCGGGCCCUUGUCACAGGAGCGGGGAAAGGCAUCGGCCGGGCCACGGCCCUCGCUCUGGCACGGUGCGGGGCAGAGGUCAUGGCUGUCACACGCACACAGGCUGACCUGGACAGCCUUUUGCUGGAGUGUCCGUCCGUCAGGCCGGUGUGUGUGGACCUAGGGGACUGGGGGGCUACGGAGGAGGCACUGCGAGAGGCCGGCCGCCAUGUGGAUCUCCUGGUGAAUAACGCGGCCUGCGCCAUGCUGCAGCCCUUCCUAGAGGUCACCCCCGACCAGUUUGACACGUCCUUCAACAUCAAUGUGAAGGCUGCUCUCCAUGUCUCUCAGAUUGUGGCCCGUGGCAUGAAAGACAGAGGAACAGGAGGCUCCAUAGUGAACAUCUCCAGUCAGGCAUCUCAAUGUGCCCUCCGAGACCACACUGUCUACUGUGCCACUAAAGGAGCUCUGGACAUGCUGACUAAAGUUAUGGCCCUGGAGCUGGGACCCUAUCAGAUCCGUGUGAACAGUGUAAAUCCUACAGUAGUGAUGACUGAGAUGGGGAAGCUGGGCUGGAGUGACCCGAACAAGGCCAGUACCAUGACCUCACGCAUUCCCCUGGGACGAUUCGCAGAGGUAGAGGAUGUUGUGAACUCUAUUCUGUUCCUGCUCAGUGAUAAGAGUUCAAUGACCAACGGGGUCACACUGCCUGUGGACGGAGGAUUCCUGGCCUGCUGACCUGACCUCCUACCUCCUCACAGUCAUAUUCACACUUGAUUUUAUGUUACCGAUUACGUUAUCACCCGGAGUAAUAAAACCUUUAUGAAUCUUU